UCUACUAGUCAUUGUAUAAUCUAUUUUCUAUCCAACUAAUCUCAUCUACAACACUGUUUCCAUACAAUAUCCUGCUGUCACUGUUCAAAUUUGUUUUCACGAGUCCCACAAAUUUGUUUCUUUUGGUUAUAAAUUGUUGGCCUUUACAUGUCUCAAACUUCAAUUAUGCUUUACUCCGAAAUGGGCUUGCUCAAGCUUCCAUUGGUGGUUUUACUUUGCUCGGUUUUUUCUCUUUUGAGUUUCGUAGCACUCUGUGAUGCCUCAGAGCUCACUGUGAAGUUCUUGAAGACUCCCCAUGCAUUCUCAAAUCUCAACUCAACCACGUUCGUCUUUGAAGUUCUUGUGGGCGGGAGUGGCGCUUGCACCAAUUGUAAUAUCACUUGCAAGUUGGAUGAUGGCUUUGGCCGCAUUAAUGCUUCUCAAUGUGAAAAUGGGACGGUUUUGUGUGAAGGCUUGCAGGAUGGAAAUCAUAAAUUUGAGAUUUGCCCCAACGGGACUCAAGGAGUUGGCUGCAGUAGCUAUAACUGGACUGUUGAUACAGUCCCACCAACGGCAAAUAUCACCGCCUCAACUGAUUUCACAAAUGCUCUGAAUGUUUCUAUUAAUAUAUCUUUCAGUGAGCCCUGUACUGGUGGACGAGGUUUUGUAUGUUCAUCUGUGAAUGCUUGCAAUCUUUUGGUCGAUGGUGCUGGCCAAGUUAUGCCAAACUCGCUCAAAACUCUACAGCCAAACCUCCAAUAUUCUGUCCUUGUGAAUUUAUCAUCCACUGCUCAGUAUGGGCGAGUGAUUUUGGUAAUGGAUAAGAAUUUUUGUACUGACAGUGCAGGGAACAAAUUUGAAAGAAACAAGAAUUCUAAUUUCACUCUGCAUUUCGAUAGACGAAGUAUGGUUGUCAACUUAACUACUCAUGUUCCCGAAAGGCAACUUGACGUUAAUGGUGAAACUAGACUGGUGCGAGCAACUAAUAAUUGUGUUAAACUAAGGAUCUGUUUGACCUUUCUAGUGCCAGUUCUCAACUCAUCUGCAGAAAUUUUAAAAUCUCUUGAACCGAAAAUUUUAUAUUCUCUCCCAAUGAGUCGGGGCAAGCUUCUUCCUCUGAAUGUCAGUAAAGAUGAUCCUGGGCAUCGCAGAUUUGAAUUUAUGGUUGCUGGAUGUAUAUCUGGCAUGGCUAUAGUCACAAUAAGAAUUGAUGAAAACUCUAUAAUAAACAGACAAGGGAUUCCAGUUUCCCAAGCUGAUCUUAUUACUUUCCUAUUUGAUUCUUUGAGGCCUACUGUAAUGUUGAUUACACCUUCAGAUUCUCUGAUGCCUGAUAUAAGGUUAAGUACACCCCCUUCUCUGGGGCCUGAUGUAAAUUUGACUACUCUGUACCACAUGAGGACAAGAGAACACAACAUCUCUGUGUGGAUAAAAUUCAUGGAGCCUGUAGUUGACUUCGACCAUUCUAAAAUAUCAAUCACAGGAGGGGAAUUAGUGAGCUUUGAAGGAGAACAAAGUAAAAGAAAAUAUGCUGUAGUGAUAAGAGCAUUCCAUGACCACGAUAUUGUAUCUGUCAGUGUUCCUGAAAAUGUAACUCACGAUGUUGCUGGAAACAAAAAUCAAGCUUCCAAAAUUCUACUAGUAAGGCCAUAUUCUGUGCCCAUAAUAUCUAAUGUAAUUUCUACGCUUGCAACUGCUUCAUUUGUGGCGACAUCUAUUGCUGCCGGGCUGCUUACGGCUUCAACUGCAAGCCUUUCCUCUAUUGGGACAUUUUCUCCACCAUUUUCUUCUGUUUCUGAUCCUGCGAGUAAUCUUUUUAGAAUGGCAGGCCAUAUUCAGGUUUUUGCAUUAUCUAGAUGGUUGGGAGUACCACUACCAGUGGAGUAUUAUGAAUUUUCAAGGGGUAUGAAAUGGAGCAUUCCCUACUUCAGGCUUCCCUGGGAAACUGGGCGCAUUCACUUAAGUGCUCCUGCCAACUCACAUCCCAUCAGGUCUAAAAUUCAUGAUUCAGGAAUUUUCUCAGGUGUGCAGCAUAAGGCUAUUCCCAAAUCCAAGUUUUUGAAUGCAGAUGAAUAUAAAGAACUCGUUAAGAAUAGUGGACCAGACCCUGUUUCGGAUGGGUGGGAGGAUUUUAGUAGAACCAUGUUUUGGUUAGCCAUAAUUGGUGGCAGUUUAAUACUGCUGCAUUGUUUACUCCUUGCCAUCCUAAAAUUCAGGAAGCAAAGGCAGAGGGGUUACGGAGUACUCGCAUUCCCAAGAUUUGAAAUAUUCCUUGUUAAUCUUGCAGUGCCUAGUAUUUGUGAGGCCUCUGCUGCUCUAAUUAGAGGAGGAACGACAUCAGGGAUUGUAGUUGGCAUUUUGAUUCUGGUUGCUGUGUCUUUUCUACUACUGGACUUGCUCUGGUUCCUUUCUACCGGUAUUACAUUUGCAAAGCGAGUUCUAUACAAAGAAGAUAAUCAAGUGAUUCAAGUAGGACAGGGAAAUCCCAGAAUAGCCCAAGUAACUUUGGGUCCUGGUAAUGAAGGCCGGUGGACAUUGAACAGGAAACAAAACUCUGAUUGCCUAACCAUGUUAGUGCCUCUAUUCGAAGAUUUAAGAGGCCCCAUUCUCUCUAUCAUUGCCCCUGAUGAUGAAGCUGGAGAGGGUUCUGGAGGCACUAACUUGGCUCCACCGAGUUCAGCACAAAGUAUGUCCCAUUCAACUAGUCCAAGUCGUAUUCCCCCGACAAGAUCAAGUACCGUAGCAACUCCGGCAGUCCCAUUGACAUCUAGCACAAGUGCUCAUACACAUGGUGGUUAUCAGAUCAUUGCUCGUGAUGACAAAAAUGAAGAGGUUGAGGUUUCUGGGGGUAGUGUUCCUACACAUGCAGAAGCAUCUUCUAUCCAAAAUCUAUUUAUGCAACUUAGAAUAUACUACACAUUGAUUGAGUCUUUGAGACGCGUUUUGCUAGGGGCUAUGGGAGGUGCCUAUAAGAAUACUUGGUCUUCUACGAUUCCCGUUAUAAUCUUGUUAUGCAUCACUUCUUUGCAGCUCUUCUUCCUUGUUCUCGAGAAGCCAUUUAUUAAGAGACGAGUUCAAUUGGUUGAGAUAAUCUCAGUUGCCAGUGAAGUAUGUUUAUUUGCUCUCUUUUUGGUUCUCGUGGACAAGGAAUUGUCACCCAAGCAAGAGACUAUAGUUGGAGUGUCCAUGCUUGUACUUUUCCUGAUGGGAUUUUUACCACAGAUUGUGAAUGAAUUGUAUGCUUUGCGCAGACAGAUAAAGCACCUAGACACAACUGAAAAGCGUUUUCGAACCGGUUUGAGGAUAGCUUCAUUUGGAAUUCUUCUGUUUUUCAUCUCACAGGAUUCUUUGGAAAAGAUAGAUUUUUUUGGGGAGAAUGAGCCUAAUGACAUUGGUGGUCAAGGGGGUGAAGAGUCGACUAAUGACACUGGUGGCCAAGGGGGUGAAGAGUCAACUAAUGACACUGGUGGCCAAAGGGAUGAAGAUACUAAUGCAACUAAAAGGAACAGGAACUCUGGGAGAAGGAACAAGAACCCUAAGAACAAGAAUAGGAAUAGGAACAGGAACUUAGAAACUACUGUGCCAGAAAAAUGAUGGUUAAACCAACUAGUAAAGGCUGUUACAAACUAUUUGGGGAUUGCCUGAGAUAAUUUGAAGAUGGCAGCCAGCAAUGUGACCUAUUAGAAUUGUUAUUUGAUUUAUUAGGUGUUAUCUUAGUUGCUUAGUAAGUUGUUAUUCGAUAAGCAUGCGUGUAAGGCUUCUAUAAAAGCCAAUGAACAUAAUUUUGGAUUAUCAGAAUGUUUGUGAGAAAAAUCAAACUUAUAUA